AUAUAAUACUUUUCAUGGUAUCAAGAGCCAAUCUCUAACGAGCUUCAUAUUCACAUAUAUUUUUUUUUUUCAUCAUACUCACGAUGACCAUAUCGGAAACCACCGCGGUUAUCUCUAUCACCGCUGCUACACACUUUCCAAUCAAACUUACACCCUCCAAUUUUCCAGUAUGGAAAUCUCAAGUGCAUAAUGCAUUGGUUGGCCUUGGUCUUGAUUCAUACGUUGAUGGCUCUCUUUCUCCACCUGAUAAAUUCAGUGAUGCAGCCAAAACUCAACUAAACCCAUGUUAUACAAUAUGGUUUCGUCAGGAUAAAACCAUCAUCAGUGGUCUUCUCGGAAGUUGCUCCGAAACCAUUCAACCCAUUAUCUCCUCCGCUACCACGGCCCGUCACGCCUGGGAGAAGCUCUCACUUACCUAUGCUAGCACCUCUCGUGGACGUAUCAUCUCUCUCAAAACCACUUUGGCUCGCACCACACGAGGUACACGUUCAAUUCUGGACUACCUGGCUGAUAUGUAUGCACUGUCCGAAGCUUUGGCUCUAGCCCAAAAUCCGAUCUCCGACGAGGAUCUUGUUAUCAAUAUACUCAACGGCCUUGGUCCAGACUACAGUGAAAUCACAUCUGCCAUCCGUGUUCGUACUGCUGAUUUAUCACUCACUGAGUUACAGGAUAUACUCCUGGAAACUGAAAAACAACAUCAACAACAUGCGGCUGCAACAUCAGAACUUCUCCCUACUGCCAACGUCACGCAAGCAUCUGCUCACUAUUUUCCUGCUGAUCGCCGUCCAUCACACAACAAUGAUCGCAGGGGACAUCCCUCUCGCCGUGGACGUGGAGGCUCGAAUGGAGUACCACGCACCGCAUCUAAUUCUAUUGUUUGUCGUUUUUGUGAUUUUACAGGGCAUGAUGUUAAAAGUUGUCGCAAGUUGCAGCGGUUUCUGCGUAAUAACCAAGUGCCAUAUGCACCUGCCCCUACAGUUAAUCACACGACUACCACAUCAUCUACCGCUGCUCAACCAUGGCUAUUUGAUAGCGGAGCAUCUCAUCAUGUGACGUCAGAUGCGUCUAUUUUGCCAUCUUACUCGGACUAUGGCGGUCCCGAUGAGGUUCAUCUUGGUAAUGGACCGAGUCACAGGGGCACCACUAAUGCGAGGGCAGAACAUUCAUGAUGUUUAUUAUGCACCUUCCCGAAUAAAGUCAAUCUCUUGCUCCGUGCCGCAGCUGCAUUCCACACAAUUGUCUGCUUCCGCUACUCAUCAUCACACAUUUGGUCAUCCUUCAAGUCAUAUUUUUAAUCUUUUAGUUAAUCAAAAUAAAGCAUUGUCCUCUUGUACUCUGCCUCGAGAUUUCCAUUGUCAGUCAUGUUUUAUUAAUAAAAGUACUAAGUUACCUUUCUUUAUCAA